AUGGCCCUGCACAGCAUCAUCACCACUGACGAAUGCUUCCCCCGCAGCGACCACAUUACAGAACUCAACAACACCAAGCCGAAGCAGCCUUUCUUCUUUCUGAAGCCCCCGUCUUCUAUUCUUCUGCCACGCGAGGGUCCCGUUCUGCGCCCCAAGGGAGUCAGCCUGCACUAUGAGGUGGAAUUGGCACUGGUGAUGGGCAAGACGGUUCGGGAUCUGGACCCGAACGAUGAGAAGGGUGCUCUGGAUGCGAUUCGCAGCUACCUCCUCGCCAUUGACAUGACCGGCCGGAAUGUCCAAGACGAGGCAAAGAAGAAGGGCCUCCCCUGGUCCAUCGCCAAGGGCUUUGACACUUUCCUGCCCAUUUCCGAAGAAAUCCCCAAGGCGCGCAUUCCCGAUCCCCACAAUGCUUUCUUGCGCCUCAGCGUUGGGUCCCAGCUCCGUCAGGCAGAUUCCACCGGCCUCAUGCUCUACCGGAUCCCCAGGCAACUGGCAGAGAUCUCGCGCGUCAUGACGCUGGAGAAGGGCGAUCUUGUUCUUACUGGUACCCCCAAGGGAGUCGGAGAGGUCAAGGACGGUGACGUGAUGAAGGCGUCCAUCGAGGUGGACGGGAAGGAGAUCGAGGAGGGUAGAAUCGAGGUGGAGGUGAAGGAUCGGGAGGGCAGAUACGUGUACAGUGAGACGUGA